AGAGCAAGUAUUAAAGCAAAAGCAAAAAUAAAGAAAGUGGAUAGCAUUCAACAUGAAAAAAAUUAUACUCUACAUCACAACAUCUGUCAAUAAAUAUGCAGAUGCAAUAGCAUUUCACUAUACAUACAUAGCUGAGUUUCUAAGAGAUCAAAUGAAGAGUAAUAGCCUCGGCGCAACUCUCGGAAGCAGCGGUCGGUUUUCGGCGGGCGAUGACGACGAGGACGAAACGUCGAAGAUGGCUUUAGCAAAGGAAGAGGAGAUCGAGAAGCGAAAAAUCGAAGUUAGGCAGCGGGUUGAAUGCCAACUCACACGUGCACAAGAAGAAGCCAAGCGAUUGACACAAGUUUGGGAAGAACUUGAAGUGUUCACAGAUCCGAUGAGAAAAGAAGUGACGAGUGUUCGUAGAAGAUUAGACUUGGCUAAUCGUGACCUCAAAUCUCUCGCACAGAUCUGCCAAAAGAAAGAAAAAGAAUAUAAAGAAGUCCUGGAGGCUUUCCAAGAAAAGAGCAAAGAAAAAGCUCAACUCACCACCGCCCUUGUGGAGAUGGUGAAUCAAAGUGAGAGUUUCAGGAUGAGGAAGCUGGAGGAACUUAGCAAGAUUCUUCACAGCUUAAAAGCAUAAAACACAAAUACUAUUGUUCUCUGACUUUUUUUUCCUUUUUUUUUUUUCUAUUUUUUUAAUCUAUUUUUGAAUCAAUUCCUCAACUACUUUGAUUUCAAAAUAUUGCUAAAUUUAGAAUUUGUGUCGGAUCGGAUCGUGUGCGCGGUGAACUACGUUGUUUAGACAAGUACAAGUGUCGUUACAUUUCUAACAAUCUACGACUAUAUAUGUUCAUUUGUCCCGUAAUUAUCGCGAUUAA